UACAAGUGGUCAUGACAACACUCAAUUCCAAAAUGGCGGCCUACGUGUGUACACAACUUGAUUUUCUGUAGUUCGUGGAUUUCAAACACGGAAUCAAACCGCCCCAAAAUCACAAAUAUGAAUUGGUGAUCAGAUAAGUCCCCGAAAAAUCAAAUUACAAUGGCUUGCAAUGAGAAAGAGUUCAAGCUUCCUAAACAAAGAGACUUUUUGCCCGCAAAGAAAUAUCGAGACGCCGUCAAGCGAUGGGGUGAACCGAACCAGAUGACUCGCAAAAGGGUUAUAAUCGUACCAACCAUACAGUGCGAAGAAAGAGAUGCAGAUGUAUACGGAGAUAGUAGAAGGAGGAGCGGGCUGGCAUCUAGUGCAGAUGGAUCUAGAGGAACGCGAGGUCAAAUUAACAACCAGCAUCUAGAGGACUCAGAGUCUUCUCAGGAGGCAAAGUACAAAGCAUGGCUGGCAGAGCGGAAGAAGCUGAGAUCCAUCCUAAACAACAGUGGUCUUAACCAGGAAUGGCUGUCCAAGAAAAAUACUAAAACAGCCCUUGAGCAGCGAGUCCUCAAGCGCAUGAAACAGGAGGCUAACCCUGAAAUACGGGUCAAGAAACUACCUCCAAUUGUAACUGCUGAUGAUGAAAACAUCACUGGAGUAGACAAAGGUGUUCCAACAAUCCGCCAACCCUCCCCAGCUGCGCUGGCGUUGAUACAAGAAUACCUAGACCAAAGAAGGUUGAGACUUGUUGACCUUUUUGCACAAGCAGAUAAGGACAAAAACUGGGUUGUGACAAGAGUAGAGUUCAGGAAUAUCAUUCGUUCCACUGGGAUCCCAAUAACAGAGUCUGACUUGGAGGAUUUGAUAAUGGCAUUAGAUAGAGAUGAUAAUGAUGCACUUGAUUACAGAGAACUGGCUAGUGGACGGCAAUCUUAUCUUGAGGAGAGAAAUGAAAGAAAAAGUGCAGGUAAAGGACCUCCAGAGCGUAAGAUUGCUGGCCUGCAAUCAGUCAAAGAGGAACCAGAGACAACUCAAUCAUCUGAGCAACUACCAAAACGACCAUCCAGCCCUCAGAGGCCCAAAAGUCCUAAUCGGCCAGCCAGCCCUCAGAGGCCCAGAAGUCCUAAUCGACCAUCCAGCCCUCAGAGGCCCAGAAGUCCUAAUCGGCCAGCCAGCACCUCGCAGUCGCCAUCUUCCAUUAUGCUUGACCGUCCGGACUCAUCACCAGCUAGACCAGCCUCUCAGAUGUCAGGGGUGUCGCUAUCCCGCUCAAACUCCUCACCAUCUUUGCUUGAUUUACCAGCAAUUGAGAUGACAGAGAAAGUUGAGAGACCAUCUCAAGAUGAGAUGAAAGAGAAACGAAUGAAGAAGCAACAGAAAAGGAAAGAUAAAGAGAAGGCUAAGUACAAGAAAAAGCCAGUUGAAAAGCUGACCGUGGCGCCGUCCACGCUAGGGGGUACCACGGGAGAGGUGAUAGACCGGUAUCGCAAGCUCACCUUGAAGGAGUACCAGGAAUCCGUCGAGCUCUGUCAGAUGCAUGGAGUCCCCCUCAGCAAGGCCAUGCUAGGGAGAGUGAUACUUUACCCGGAAGAUAAACCAGUCGCGCAAUGCAUCCCUAAGUCGAGGAAGGGCAUGUUCGCCAUUACCACGAGACAUCACGUGCCAGCAUCACAACGAGGCAGCCGGCCACCAAUAACAGGCCCGGAUUGGGUCACGUGAUACCCAGGAUUACUAAAUAGUGAGCUACAUCUCUUGUACAUAGGAAGUGAUUUAAAGAAGCGGUAAAUGAUAAAAAUACCACUUACAAUAAAUGUGUACUUAUUUUCAAAUAAAUUGUGCUCUUUUCUGGGCAA